CCUCGCUCCCCGCCGCUCUCCAUGACCCGAGCGGAGUGAGCCGCGCCUCCUGCGGGGCUGCGCCUCCAUGAACCCCUAGCGUUUCUUUCUCUUUUUUUCGCCCUUCUUUCUCUCCUCGCCGCGGCUCGGGGUCCCGCCUUUCUCCCUUCGCCCGCAGCGGCGGCGUUCAGGUGCGGAGUCCGGAGCGGAGCGCAAUGGCGUCCAACCCCGAACGGGGGGAGAUCCUGCUCACGGAGCUGCAGGGAGAUUCCAGAAGUCUUCCAUUUUCUGAGAAUGUGAGUGCUGUUCAAAAAUUGGACUUCUCAGAUACAAUGGUGCAACAGAAAUUGGAUGAUAUCAAGGAUCGAAUCAAGAGGGAAAUAAGGAAAGAACUGAAAAUUAAAGAAGGAGCAGAAAAUCUGAGAAAAGUCACAACAGAUAAAAAAAAUUUGGCUUAUGUAGACAACAUUUUGAAAAAAUCAAAUAAAAAAUUAGAAGAACUACAUCACAAGCUACAAGAAUUAAAUGCACAUAUUGUUGUAUCAGAUCCAGAAGAUGUCACAGAUUGCCCAAGGACUCCAGAUACACCAAAUAGUGACCCUCGUUGUUCUACUAGCAAUAAUAGACUGAUGGCUUUACAGAAACAAUUGGAUAUAGAACUUAAAGUAAAACAAGGUGCAGAGAACAUGAUCCAGAUGUAUUCAAAUGGGUCUUCAAAGGAUCGGAAACUCCAUGGUACAGCUCAGCAACUGCUCCAGGACAGCAAGACAAAAAUUGAAGUCAUCCGAAUGCAGAUUCUUCAGGCAGUCCAGACCAAUGAAUUGGCUUUUGAUAAUGCAAAACCUGUGAUAAGUCCUCUUGAACUUCGGAUGGAAGAAUUAAGGCAUCAUUUUAGGAUAGAGUUUGCAGUAGCAGAAGGUGCAAAGAAUGUAAUGAAAUUACUUGGCACAGGAAAAGUAACAGACAGAAAAGCACUUUCAGAAGCUCAAGCAAGAUUUAAUGAAUCAAGUCAGAAGUUGGACCUUUUAAAGUAUUCAUUAGAACAAAGAUUAAAUGAGCUUCCCAAGAAUCAUCCCAAAAGCAGUAUUAUAAUAGAGGAGCUUUCACUUGUUGCAUCCCCAACACUAAGUCCACGUCAGAGUAUGAUAUCGACACAAAACCAAUACAGUACACUAUCUAAACCAGCAGCUUUGACAGGUACUUUGGAAGUUCGUCUUAUGGGCUGUCAAGAUAUCCUAGAAAAUGUCCCUGGACGGUCAAAAGCAACAUCGGUUGCACUACCUGGUUGGAGUCCAAGUGAAACCAGAUCAUCAUUCAUGAGCCGAACAAGUAAAAGUAAAAGUGGAAGUAGUCGAAACCUUCUAAAAACAGAUGACUUGUCCAAUGAUGUCUGUGCUGUUUUGAAGCUAGAUAAUACCGUGGUUGGUCAAACUAGCUGGAAACCCAUUUCUAAUCAGUCAUGGGAUCAGAAAUUUACACUGGAACUAGACCGGUCACGUGAACUGGAAAUUUCAGUUUAUUGGCGUGAUUGGCGAUCUCUGUGUGCUGUAAAAUUUCUGAGGUUAGAAGAUUUUUUAGACAACCAACGGCAUGGCAUGUGUCUCUAUUUGGAACCACAGGGUACUUUGUUUGCAGAGGUUACCUUUUUUAACCCAGUGAUUGAAAGAAGACCCAAACUCCAAAGACAAAAGAAAAUUUUUUCAAAACAACAAGGCAAAACAUUCCUCAGAGCUCCUCAAAUGAAUAUUAAUAUUGCCACUUGGGGAAGGCUAGUAAGGCGAGCUAUUCCUACAGUAAAUCAUUCUGGCACCUUUAGCCCUCAAGCUCCUGUGCCUGCUACAGUGCCAGUGGUAGAUGUACGCAUCCCUCAGCUAGUACUUCCAGCCAGUGAUUCUACAGUAACAAAAUUGGACUUUGAUCUUGAGCCUGAGCCUCCUCCAGCCCCACCACGUGCUUCUUCCCUUGGGGAAACAGAUGAGUCUUCCGAAUUAAGAGUUUUGGAUACACCUGGACAGGAUUCAGAAACUGGUUUUGAUAUUGAAAAUGAUAGAAAUAGUAUUUUUCCAAAAUCUCAAUCUGAGUAUGAGCCUGAUAUUCCUGAGACAGGUGUAGGAUACAGUGGAAUUCGAGAACUUGAAGAGAGAAGAUCUCAGCAAAGGUUUCAGUUUAAUCUGCAAGACUUUAGAUGUUGUGCUGUCCUGGGAAGAGGACAUUUUGGAAAGGUGCUUUUGGCUGAAUAUAAACACACAAAUGAGAUGUUUGCUAUUAAAGCCUUAAAGAAAGGAGACAUUGUGGCUCGAGACGAAGUAGACAGCCUGAUGUGUGAAAAAAGAAUUUUUGAAACUGUGAAUAGUGUAAGGCAUCCCUUUUUGGUGAACCUUUUUGCAUGUUUCCAAACCAAAGAGCAUGUUUGCUUUGUAAUGGAAUAUGCUGCCGGUGGGGACCUAAUGAUGCACAUUCAUACUGAUGUCUUUUCUGAACCAAGAGCUGUAUUUUAUGCUGCAUGUGUAGUUCUUGGGUUGCAAUAUUUACAUGAACACAAAAUUGUGUAUAGAGAUUUGAAAUUGGAUAACUUGUUGCUCGAUACAGAGGGCUUUGUGAAAAUUGCUGAUUUUGGUCUUUGCAAAGAAGGAAUGGGAUAUGGAGAUAGAACAAGCACAUUUUGUGGCACUCCUGAAUUCCUUGCCCCAGAAGUAUUAACAGAAACAUCAUAUACAAGGGCUGUAGAUUGGUGGGGCCUUGGUGUACUUAUAUAUGAAAUGCUCGUAGGUGAGUCUCCUUUUCCUGGUGAUGAUGAAGAGGAAGUCUUCGACAGUAUUGUAAAUGAUGAAGUAAGGUAUCCAAGAUUCUUAUCUACAGAAGCCAUUUCCAUAAUGAGAAGGCUGUUAAGAAGAAAUCCAGAAAGGCGCCUUGGAGCUGGUGAGAAGGAUGCAGAGGAUGUAAAAAAGCACCCAUUUUUUCGGCUAGUUGAUUGGAAUGCCCUAAUAGACAAAAAAGUCAAGCCUCCAUUUGUACCUACCAUCAGAGGCCGGGAAGAUGUUAGUAAUUUUGAUGAUGAAUUUACCUCAGAAGCACCUAUUCUUACUCCACCUCGAGAACCAAGGAUACUUUCGGAAGAGGAACAAGAAAUGUUCAGAGAUUUCGACUACAUUGCUGAUUGGUGUUAAGUUCCUGGACACUGUGAAAACAAGCAGACUGACUUAACUCAGAAGAAGACCUCUAACAAAUAGCAUCCCUUCUUUUGCUCUCUGUGCCACCAACAGCUUCUAUGGGUUUGUUUUGUUUUCAGAAAACACAUGAAGAUUUGUGCAAAAGUACUAUUUUAAUAAUUUCUUGAAAACAGGCUUCAUAGUGUUUUCAACAUGAAUCUGAGCACUGGAAAGAGUUUCAUGGCAUUUAGGCUGAAUGAAAAUUGGUCUUGAAAAUCCAUUACAAAUAAAUACUUUUGGAUCAUUACUCUUAAAAAGAAGAACAGACGCUCUUUCACAGUCUCUCCCUAUCAUUACCAUAAGCCUGCCUUAAGUGAAAGGAGUAUUAAUUUUCUUUUUUUUCAGAAUGGAAUUAGUAGUGUUUGGAAUGCUAUUAUGAUUCACAUAAAAUAUGAUUGUCUAAGGCAAUGCUCUUAAUUUUUUAAAGAAAUUACUAUAAUAACAAAAUAUAGUGACAGUUUAUACACCUUUGAUGGCUUGAUCUUUUUGAAAAACACAAUGAAUUGUUAUCUUUUGUAACUUUUCUACAUUUAUCAGGAGAAAAAAUUUUAUUUGCCUUAUCUUUACCAACUAUGUAACAGAGCUUUCAAACAAAGCUACUUGCCAAAUAAUUUUUUAUUAAAGAUGCUGACAGACUGGAACAUCAGCAUUUACUUAAAAUAUUAAGAAAGAGAACCAAUAUAUUGUAUGUGAUACUCAUCUCAAAGUGUAAACACCAAGUAUGUCCAGUCAUUUUCCAAAAUCAGUGACCCUGAAAAUCCCUUUUUUGAUAUGCAUUCUACAAUAUCACCCUAGGUCAUCUUAUUCUGUGUCUGCUGUAGAAGGGAACUAUAUCUUGGUUUCUUUGUAUACAUACAUGCUGUGAACAUGUAUCUGUACAGGUUGUAAUGUAUUCUGUGUUGUAGGCUUAUUUAAUUUCACUACUUCAUCACUUUUGUACAGUGGCCAAGCAGACACCUCAAACUACAGCAUUUAUAUUAAGUGCAUUUGUACAUUUUUGGGCCACUGGAUCCAGGUUUUAUAUUGGCAGUUACUGAGGGCAAAAGCAAUAUAUUGUAACAGAAUGUAUAAGUAUUUUUGAUAAAACAGUCUAUAUUUUAUAAAAAAUAUUAUAACACUAAAGCUGUACCUCAAAAGUCUCAAAAACAAUUUGAUCACAUACUUUUUACAACUUUUCAGUAGAUAGAUUUGUGGUUUUUUAAUUACCUUUAUUGGCUGUCCUUUUGUAAAUCAUGACUUUUUCUCUUGCCUAGAAUUGGGGGAGUGAUCAAUUUAUUUGGUUCCCCUUCUAGUCUAGGAUUUCAUUUGUUUUCCCCAGUUCAGUAAUAGCAUCUUUGAUCCUGUGCUUAUUAGCAUAUUACAGUUAUUAUACCUCAGGAAUAUCAAGUUGGUAACUAACUAUACUGAAUUAACAAAUUACAGUGAGCUCAUCUCUUUAAAACUGUUUAAAUACGGAGAAAAACCUGAACAAAUACUGAUUUAUGAAGAGGUAAGCUUAAAAUAUUUUUAUAUAUUUAAGCCUUUCUAGGUUAUAUUGGCAUGUUUUUACUCUGCUCUGAGAACAAUUAAAUGUGUGCAGAGAUAAUGCCUUCUAAAUUGAUUAUUACCCAAGAUCCUUUUGGAGACAAAUUUAUAAAAAUAAUAAUACGUUGUUUAAAGUUACUUUAAAAUGCCGGCUAAUUUCCUUGGAAAAGAUAAUAAGGAAUUUAGUGUAAUUGUAUGGCUUUAGUUUAACAGUGUUGAUACAAAUUAAAAUGAAACACUAAAUACUUUUGAGGUACAGUUUGUUCACCUUUGCUGGUUCUGAAUUAUGCAUACAAAGCAAUGUCUAAAGUGGACUUUUAACAUUAAAAACUGACAGCGUUUUAUAACUACACAAUGUACAGAAAUUUUUUAAUUGAAGUCAAUCACUAAAAAUUUAGAGGGUGGGAUAUAUUCACAUAAUUAAGCUAAAGAAAGCACUAAUUUUUUCUGUAGUUUUAAAUAUAUAUAUAUAUUAGUGAUACUGAAAAUUUUAAGAAUGUAAAUAUAUUUUGGUAUUACUAUACAUGUAUGUGACUGCUCAGCACUUUGUAAGGAUAUUAGGAUAUUUUAGAUUGGUACACUAUGCAUUCAAAUGAAAUGUGCCUUUUUAUGUCAUUCUAAGAAAAAAGUGUUUUGCAGUCAUAAAUUACCACAAAUGCACAAAUUAAAGUUUAAAUAGAUUGAAAUAUAUAACUUUGGUUUUAAUUAUUAUUUCCUUCUAAAAAUUUACUAGUAAUUAAAGUAUUUAUUAGCUUUA